GGCAGCGAAUCUCAAGACUCUCAGUAGAAAUUUCGGUGGCGUUGAGUUGCCGGAGAUCCAUUUCGGCAGCUGCUUUUCCGGACCAUGAACUCCCGCGAGCUUUCUCUCGUCUCCACAGCCACCGUAUUUGGUGUUCUGGCUUCGGCUGUUGCUUUUCGCUUCUUCUUCAAUCCUAAAAAGCACCGUCCUCGAUUUGAUUUGCCGGGAAAUGAUGCUCUUUCGAACAAAGCGCCCUCUCAGUGCCCUUUCGAUCCUUCCAAACGCCAAGGUUAUUUGUCAUGGGAUGACUAUUUCAUGGCCAUUGCAUUCCUGUCUGCAGAAAGAUCGAAGGAUCCCAAUCGGCAGGUUGGUGCGUGCCUGGUUAGUCAAAAUGGUGUAAUUCUUGGGAUAGGAUAUAAUGGAUUUCCAAGAGGAUGCCCCGAUGACCAGCUUCCUUGGGCAAAGAAAUCAAAAACCAGCAAUCCUUUGGAGACAAAGUAUCCCUAUGUUUGUCAUGCUGAAGUCAAUGCCAUCCUAAACACAAAUCAUGCUUCGGCCAGUGGGCAGAAGCUUUAUGUGACCAUGUUCCCUUGUAAUGAAUGUGCAAAAAUAAUCAUUCAGUCUGGCGUCUCUGAAGUUAUUUAUUUUCUUGAGAAGAGGAUAAACAAUUCAGACGUUGCAUAUGUUGCUUCUCACAAGUUGCUAUCGAUGGCUGGUGUAAAGGUCAGAAAACAUCAACCCCUGUCUGAUCAGAUCUUGAUCAAGUUCGAGGAUCCACGUACAUGAAAAGUAUUCCUUUUCUGUGCGUCUAAAUUCAAUUCCAUUGGAAGCUUGCAACUUUUAUCGAUGUGAUUCCAUAUUUUGACCUAUACGGAUUUUUUUUAGUUAAAGGAUGAGCAUUUCAGAAUAUGUGGAACAGCCAAGAAUAGAGUAACUCAGAUUUUUUUUUUUUUUUCUUUUUGACGGUACCCUGCAGAAGAAGAGAAUCAAACCUAGAAUAUAUAUGAAAUGAAAAAAUAUCAAAUCCAAUUUGAUUGUGAUUU